CAAAAUCUCAUAAUAGUCAACACAUUUAAUUGUUUCUCCUUCUCAUAUUUCUCCUUCUCCUCUGCCAUAGACUAUACUCUCUCCAAUGGCUAAGCUUCUAAUUGUUUCCUUCGUUAUGCUAUUGUUCGCGAUCGACAGCUCGUCUGCUCAAUUAUCCACGAGCUAUUACGAAAAGACUUGCCCGAACGUGUUUACAACAGUGAAAUCGGCCGUUAAAUCUGCAGUUGAUAAGGAAAAACGCAUGGGGGCUUCCCUCUUGCGUCUCCACUUCCACGAUUGUUUCGUUCAAGGCUGUGAUGGAUCCGUACUUCUGGAUGACACGUCAUCGUUCACCGGCGAACAAACGGCCCGUCCGAACUCGAAUUCGCUUAGGGGCUUCGAUGUAAUUGACGACAUUAAGUCAAAGGUGGAAUACGUGUGCCCUGGCAUCGUGUCGUGUGCUGAUAUUUUAGCCAUUGCUGCUCGGGACUCGGUUGUUCUUCUUGGUGGGCCCACUUGGGAAGUUAAAGUUGGGAGGAAAGACUCAAAGACAGCAAGCCUUUCAGCUGCAAACAGUGGUGUAAUACCACCACCAACCUCAAAUCUUGAUGACCUUAUAAACAAGUUCAAAGCCAAGGGUCUCUCCACUAAGGACAUGGUUGUAUUAUCAGGAGCACACACCAUAGGGCAAGCAAGGUGUACUGUGUUCAGAGGCCGAAUAUACAACGAGUCGAACAUCGAGGCCUCGCUUGCUCGGACGAGACAGGGGACGUGCCCUAGAGCUAGCGGCUCGGGAGAUAACAACUUGGCCCCACUUGACUUUCAAAGCCCGACUUCUUUCGACAAUGCCUACUUCAAAAACCUCGUGGCACAAAAGGGACUCAUGCACUCGGAUCAGGUUCUGUACAAUGGAGGCUCGACUGACUCUAUUGUCGGCUCGUAUAGCAAAGACCCGAAAGCUUUCGAGAAGGACUUUGCUGAUGCCAUGAUUAGGAUGGGUGACAUCAGCCCGCUCACCGGGUCGAAUGGAGAGAUCAGGAAAGUUUGUGGAAAACCCAAUUGAUGAAGAAGAAGAUUGGGUUUUUUUUUUUUUUAAGUAGUUAAGGUUGUUAAGGAGAUUUUAUGUGUUAAGGUAAAGUCCAAGAAUGGGGCUGUGUUUAUAGUUUAUGUCUUGCAUGGAUUGUAUGGUUUGUAUGGUUGUGUCUUUCUUUCCUAUGCAAUAUAAUUUCUAUCCAAGUAAGAAUGGUUUUACUUUUUUGUUUGUUUGUG